CUCACACACGCAAUGCUUGCUUUCACCCUCUUCGCUUCCUUACUGACGCUAAUCAGCAGCGCAGUCGUCAAAGCAGCAGACUACGGCCCCUGCCCCUACAACGAAAACGAAAAUUGCUGGGAGAUCAUGGACAACACCGCCUGCUUUUUGAACCCGACAAGCACAGAGCAGAUCUUUGCUUGUAUCUCCGGUGGGAAGGAAGGUGUCUGCGCCUGCUAUGGCUGUCUCGGAUAUACACCUGUUACGGAGUUGAUUCGGAAGGAGGAUGCUUGUCGGGACGUGAAUACCGAUCUGCCGAUGCCGGCCCCGACGAAUGUUGAGAAGGUUAGGGGGUAAUUUGGGCGUAGAGCAGGAGCAUGAGGUUGAUGUGAACGGUUGCAGCAUGGGGCUGAAUGUCCGUGAAGAAAUGGCUGAAGGUUUAGACGGAGCUGCGUGUGUUGAACUAAAAGUUAUGGGGGCAGUGACGUUCGAAAGGACUUUUUUGCUAAUGACAAGGGACAAAUUUAAAGAGUACCUGGUACGCGUUACAGAGUGAAACAAAGGAAGGAAGGAAGGAAGGAACCGAAGUGAAUGUACCUCUAUAAAAUGAAACAAUGAAGAUGAAGAAGAUAAAGAUCAGACGAGUCACCACC